AGUUUGGACAAUCCAACGUGGACAGGGACAGUUGAGUAAUUACAACUUGCGUUGGAGUACUGUGAACCCUAAAUCCAAAACAAGAAAAUCCGGACAAGGAGGGGUGUAGCUGCCCUUUCCACCCAAAUGUCCUAAUUGCUUGUUGCGGGAUCUUACAUUCCAUUUCCAGUCACCACCCCAUCAUAUCAUCUCAUGACACCCAUCCCUGCAUCCCCCUAAGACACCAUCAUCACCAUCACCGCGACCAUCAUCCCUUUCAAGGUCUCUGAAUCGCAAGUCCAAUCCAAACUCUACCUCGCAAAUUCUUUCCUCCCUUCCCCUUCCCCUUCCCUUCCCCUCAUGAGAAGAUCCACCUUAGAAAGGCCACUCCUUUGGCAUCCCAAUUGGAAAAAAAUGGCGUUUUUCCUCUUCCCGGACCUGAUCAAUGGGGCUUGCUGUCUCCUUUGUGUUAGGUGACACCUUCAAAGGAGAGAAAUAAAGAGGUUUUUUGUUGCCAUUCUCCUUCUCUAUCUUCAUCUCAAUGGGAGGCAAGUUUUGGGCGCUUUGUGGUAACGAGAUAUUUGGAUUCCUCUUGGAUUGUCGUAUAAAGGGGACUCAUUCCCAAAAGCUCUUUACCUUUGCUUCUUUGUUCUUUAAUUUUAACUUUCCCUUGUCAGAAUGCAACAGUUCGACAUCGGACGCACCUUGACCAUUUCCCCUCCUCCAAUCCCAUCUCCAAACACUGUUUCCAUCGCCAUUUCUCAAGCUUUUGAUGCUUGAAACGAAUCCUCUUCCGUGCAUUUAACCAAAGUUUUUUUUUUUUUUUGCCUGCAAGAACCUUUGUCCGUUCACAUCGACCGAGCCCUUCUGUAAAAAUCCCAGCUUGUCCCUUCUAUCAAAACCCAAUUCCUUUGUUUUUUCAGAUGAACAAAUCCUUCAUGCGUUCAAAAAUUCGAUUUUUCUGCCGCUGCUGUUGUUAUAAUUAUCAUUGUUAUUUGUGAGCAAAUGCCUAUGCUUCUAUCAUGACCGCAGCCUUCUUCUCUUCAGGAGUCCACCCCAUUAAUCUUUGAAGAGCCAUAUAGAAUUAUAGAGUUAGAAUGUUUGGACCCCAAACCCAGAGAGAACUCUCCAAUGGGUAUCCACCAAGAAGAAUACUCUAUUGGAAGCCCUUAACACCCUCCCCAGCCGCCGCCGCCCCCAUCACCACCUCAAUGGCCAGGAAGCCCAACAUGCUUACUGUGAAAUUUGAGGACCUCUAUGGGUUCACCGUCGAGGGGAACAUCGACGAUGUCAAUGUGCUGAAUGAGGUGAGGGAGAGGGUGAGGCAGCAGGGCAGGGUGUGGUGGGCCCUCGAGGCGCACAAGGGAGCCAAUUGGUACCUGCAGCCAGAGAUCUCAUCCAAUGGCGAGGGGAUCUCCGUCGCCUCGCUGAAGCUGUCGACUCUCGCCAACACCAUCACAUUGAAGAGGCUGAUAAGGAAGGGGAUUCCGCCGGUGCUCAGGCCCAAGGUGUGGCUCUCAGUCUCCGGUGCUGCAAAGAAGCGGUCGACGGUGCCGGAUAGCUAUUACGUUGACCUGAUCAUGGCUACUGAAGGGAAGGUCACACCUGCCACACGGCAAAUCGAUCAUGAUCUUCCACGAACUUUCCCAUGUCAUCCUUGGUUGGACACUCUAGAAGGCCAGGCAUCUCUUCGACGUGUCCUUGUUGGGUAUUCUUUUCGAGAUUCAGAUGUUGGUUAUUGCCAGGGCUUAAAUUAUGUAGCUGCGCUAUUGUUGCUAGUAAUGAAAACAGAAGAAGAUGCAUUUUGGAUGCUUGCUGUCUUGUUGGAAAAUGUGUUGGUGAAUGAUUGCUACACCGAUAAUCUUUCUGGUUGCCAUGUUGAGCAAAGGGUGUUCAAAGACCUGCUUGCUAAGAAAUGCCCAAGGAUAGCUGCUCAUCUGGAAGCCAUGGAAUUUGAUGUCUCUCUUGUAGCCACAGAGUGGUUCUUGUGCCUCUUUUCCAAGAGCUUGCCUUCAGAGACAACUCUGCGGGUCUGGGAUGUUUUAUUCAAUGAGGGAGCAAAGGUUCUGUUUCAUGUAGCCCUGGCAAUAUUUAAGAUGAAGGAAGAGGAGUUACUACGCACCCAUCAAAUUGGUGACGUGAUUGACAUUUUGCAAACAACCACCCAUCAUCUAUAUGACCCUGAUGAGCUGCUGAGGGUUGCUUUUGAUAAGAUUGGUUCUAUGACAACGAACACGAUAACAAAGCAAAGGAAAAAGCAGGAACCAGCUGUCAUGGCCGAGCUCGACCAAAGACUGAGACGGCUGAAUUCUUUGAAGAUGGAUGAAAAAUAAUCAGCUUCAAUGGGUUUGAAGCCAGACUCUCUAAUCACAGACAAGGUUGAUGCUCUUCUGGAGAGAUGAUGUAAGACUGCAUCCCUAUGAGCAAAGACCAAGGCCCGCUGAAAACACAAUCUGAAAAUAUGUCAUGUGUAACUAGAGUUUGGUUAUUCACGAGCCCUAUAAAUUUCUUUGAUCAUAUAUAAAGAUUUUGUUCUUUGCAAUGCAAUGAAGUGAUGAACACUCACAAGGUUAGAGCUUCAAGCCUUUAAACUC